CCUGACAGCCCCCUCCUCAAAGACUGUAUAAUUACAUAUGGGAGGUUCUAGAGACUCGGGGAGAGCUGCUUUCAAGGCCACUACGCGUCUGUGCUCCCAGCCCGACCCUAUUUGCCUGGUGUUCAUUUUGUGCUUUUGUGACAUGAGACUGCAAAGACCAAUAAAGCAAUAUAUUUGAGAAGGGCAAAAGGCUUGGGGUGCCCACUCUGUGGGGGCGCUGCAAGAAGCCUUUGCUAGGGUGUCUUUGUGCUGUGUGGUUUGUUUUGUUUGCUCCUUUAUUUUGUUUUGCUUGCCCAGUCUUCCCUUACCCUUGGAUGCUUCUUACCCCCCAGGCAAGUCUGUUCAGGCUCUGCUUUAAAGCAAGCCUCGAGGCCGUUGGAGUUUCUGUUUAGGGCAUUAAAAACUCCUACAAGAUAUAAAGAGCAAAUGUUUCUACAUCUCUUUUAGGAUUAGAAGAAUUACAUAAAAAUUAAUAAACAUUUUCAAUGACGGAAAAAUGUGUCUUGUAAUUCUUUGGCUCUUGCCUCGUUGAGUGCAUCAGAGAGGAGGACUCUUGGCCAUGUUUGCUCCCUAAUUGCUUGUCUUGUAUGGUGUCAUCUUUUCUAGAUGUUUUGAUAUUUGUUAGGUUUGCAGAUGAGUUUGGGGCCUCUGGCAACAUAGAGACUAAGGAACAGGGUGUGGUAUCUGUGAGCUUUGAAGAAGACGAAGACAGGAACUUGUGUCUAAUAGCAUAUCCAUUAAAAGGGGACCACGGAACUGUGGACAGUGUAGAUAACUCAGACUGUGAACCAAAAAGUAAGCUACUAAGGUGGACAAACAAAAAACAUCACGUCCUAGAAACGGAAAAGAUACCUAAGGACUGGGUGCGGCAGCACCGAAAAGAGGAGAAGAUGAAGAGCCAUAAGUUAGAAGAAGAAUUUGAGUGGCUGAAGAAAUCUGAAGUCUUGUACUACAGUGUAGAGAAAAAGGGGAAUGUAAGUUCCCAGCUUAAACACUACAACCCUUGGAGCAUGAAGUGUCAUCAGCAACAGUUGCAGAGAAUGAAGGAGAAUGCAAAACAUCGGAACCAGUACAAAUUUAUCUUACUGGAGAACCUGACUUCCCGCUAUGAGGUGCCUUGUGUCCUGGACCUCAAGAUGGGUACGCGCCAGCAUGGUGAUGAUGCUUCAGAGGAGAAGGCAGCCAACCAGAUCCGCAAAUGCCAGCAGAGCACCUCUGCGGUCAUCGGUGUGCGUGUGUGUGGCAUGCAGGUAUACCAGGCAGGCAGUGGGCAGCUCAUGUUCAUGAACAAGUACCAUGGACGGAAGCUGUCUGUGCAGGGCUUCAAGGAGGCACUUUUCCAGUUUUUCCACAACGGGCGGUACCUGCGGCGGGAGCUCCUGGGCCCUGUGCUUAGGAAGCUUACUGAACUCAAGGCCGUGUUGGAGCGACAAGAAUCCUACCGCUUCUAUUCAAGCUCCCUGCUGGUCAUUUAUGAUGGCAAGGAGUGGCCAGAAGUGGCCCUGGACUCAGAUGCUGAGGACUUGGAGGACCUGUCAGAGGAGUCAGCCGACGAGUCUGCCGGUGCCUAUGCCUACAAGCCCAUCGGCACCAGCUCGGUGGACGUGCGCAUGAUCGAUUUCGCACACACCACUUGCCGGCUGUAUGGCGAGGACAGUGUGGUACACGAGGGCCAGGAUGCUGGCUAUAUCUUUGGGCUCCAGAGCUUGAUAGACAUUGUCACAGAGAUAAGUGAGGAAAGUGGGGAGUGAGCUUGCUGGCUGCAGCAGCACCUGAGAGACUCUCUGUGUCCCAGGCACAGCUGUGCUGCGUCGGGGAAGAGGCCAGUAUGGCCAGGUGGUGGCCCCUGCAGCCUGGAGCUGAUGUGCAGCGGCCUCUGAGUCCCAGCCUGAGCCAGCCCCAACCUCGCUCGGAGUCUUUAUUUAUUUUAACUCUUUCUUCAACAUUCCACAUUUGAUGAUGCAGAUACCUCUUUCUUCCCUGAGUGUAAAUGUUCUAAUACAAAUCUUUUUGUUAAUUGUA